ACAGAGAGAGAAGGGGGGAAAAGGCGAUGGAAACUAUGCAAAGCUUGUUGGUGAUAUGUGGCAGACAAUGCAUUCCAUUUCCUUCAAUUAAAUCGCCCAACGCUAAGCUUAAUAAGAAGAACGUAAAAACUACAAACCCCCGCAAAAAAAAAACAACUAAUUUUUCCUUCCUUUCUUCCUCAGAUUCUCCGCCCAAUUUUCUUUCCCUUCAAAUUUCCCCUUCUCGUUCUUUCAUAUAUACAUAAUACAUAAACAAGCUCCUAUAUUUCCGUCCUUCAAUUCCAUAUUCUCUUCUUCCGUUUGAGCUACAAGAUCGAAAAUGGCGACCGUCUUUCAGAGCCCCGGAACCGCCACGGCCUUGUCGUCCAACUCCUUCGACUCCACCAAAUUACUCGUUCCGUCUCGCAGAUCUCUCUCAGAGAGGAAAGCAAGCUUUUUCUGCGUCAGAUCCGAGAUGAAGCCGACCCCGAUAGCUCGCCGUGCCGAUAACCUUGUUGUGAACGCCGUUGCAACGAAGGCGGACAGCUCUGCAUCUUCGACGGCAUCGAAACCCGGGCAUGAGCUCUUACUUUUUGAAGCCCUAAGAGAAGGAUUGGAAGAGGAAAUGGACAGGGAUCCCACUGUAUGUGUUAUGGGUGAAGAUGUUGGCCACUACGGAGGCUCUUACAAGGUCACCAGAGGCUUGGCUGAGAAGUAUGGUGAUCUCAGGGUUCUUGACACCCCUAUUGCUGAGAACUCCUUCACAGGUAUGGGCAUUGGAGCUGCCAUGACUGGUCUGCGGCCAAUUGUUGAGGGUAUGAACAUGGGAUUUCUCCUUCUUGCUUUCAACCAAAUUUCUAACAAUUGUGGUAUGCUCCACUACACAUCCGGUGGUCAGUUUAAGAUACCAAUAGUCAUCCGUGGGCCUGGUGGUGUGGGUCGGCAGCUUGGUGCCGAGCACUCGCAACGUCUGGAGUCGUACUUUCAAUCCAUCCCUGGAAUUCAGAUGGUUGCCUGCUCGACUCCUUACAAUGCCAAGGGCCUGAUGAAAGCUGCCAUCCGAAGUGAGAACCCUGUGAUACUCUUUGAGCAUGUGUUGCUUUACAACCUCAAGGAGAGAAUCCCAGAUGAAGAAUAUAUAUGCAAUCUUGAGGAAGCUGAGAUGGUGAGGCCUGGAGAACAUAUCACCAUACUAACAUAUUCCCGGAUGAGGUAUCACGUGAUGCAGGCUGCAAAAACUCUGGUGAACAAGGGUUAUGACCCUGAAGUGAUUGAUAUCAGGUCAUUGAAGCCAUUUGACCUUUACACAAUCGGGAACUCGGUGAAGAAGACGCAUCGUGUUCUGAUUGUGGAGGAGUGCAUGAGAACUGGUGGAAUUGGUGCCAGUUUAACAUCCGCAAUCAAUGAGAACUUCCAUGACUACUUGGACGCCCCAAUUGUUUGUCUGUCUUCGCAGGAUGUGCCAACCCCGUAUGCCGGGACAUUGGAAGAAUGGACUGUGGUUCAGCCUGCCCAAAUUGUGACUGCCGUUGAGCAGUUCUGUCAGUAGUUGAAGUAGCAAAACGGCUUCUUCGCAGUGUUGCUAUCUUAGUAGAGGUCUAUCUCAGUAGAUUACCUGAGCAAAUUUCCAGCUUUACUUUUGAAAUCUUUGUUUGAUAUUUUGAUUUCAGGUUUUGUGGUGUGAUAAGAACUAGCAACUAGUCUUGGCUUCCGAGGUUCUUGUUUGGUGGACUAAUUAGCUUUGUGACAUGUGAGAUUAAAAUUCUGAAAAUUUUUCGAGUAAA